CUAACACAUCUGCGAGGGUUUUCUGCAAUUUAAAUCCGUUUUAAAAUGUCUCAGCAAAUUCGUGUUUUGCAAUGCAUCCAAUGCAAAAUGUACCAGGUGGACUUGGUGAAAAAGGGCAACAAAUGGGAAUGCAAAAUAUGCCGCCAAAAGCAGGAUUUGCUGGAAGAGUUCUUUCGAGGAUCAGGACCAGAAUGCCGCGCUAAGGUGCAACAAAUGAACCUGGAGCGUGGGCAACAGGAGGAACGUAUGAAGGAAAAUCUUUUCUUAUCCGCUCAGCAGCAGCUGGAUCAGCAGAAUGGCUCAGUUGAAAAGCAGGAAAACCGUCCUUUAAAGAAAACUAAGAACAAGUGGGCAGAUUAUGUGGAUGAACCCAUUGAGGUUACUCAAAGUUCUGCAGUACGCCCUACGAAAGUAACAGCGGUAAGGGAGAAACUCAGUGAUGGAAUCUCUAUGAACUUUAACAGAUCCAAAGGCCUUGCCUCGAAGGCCACAAAGCGUCCGGCUCACAAUGAAGCAACUUCUCUCAGUAGCAAGACUUCGAAAUGGAGCAAUUAUUUAUAAACGCUUCUUUUCCAUAA